AUGUGUGGUUCUGGAGUCUUGUUAGAUCCUGUUCCUAGCGCUGCAGACAGCAGUACGGGCGCUGGAGACGCGGCAGACUCGUUUCUCUUUAAGAUGACAUUGGAUCCCAUCAAGAACAUGCAGGCCCUUCUUUCGGACAGCGACUCGGAUUUAUCCACUGCUCCAGUAUCCAUGCUUUUGUCAAAAUAUUCGUGCCUCCGGGGCGCCUCUCAGGCACUUCUUGUCCAUAGUGUGGACCUUGAAAAGAAGCUAGCGAUUGCCAAUGCAGAGAUAGACAGAUUGAGGGCAUGUCUUCAGACACCCCCUCUGUCUUCUUUUUCCGUUCAGCCGUCGUUGACGAGUGUGCAGGCCACCCCGGAGCUUUUCACUAUCCAUACUAAGAAGAUAGCAAGGCCUCGAUCAUCAGACCGCCACCAGCGUCCUUCUUCGCAGAAGCCAGCAGAGCGUGACUCUAAGCAUGUACUCCGGCACAGGCCCUACACCAUGUUGGAAGAGAUUCAAGAGAGUGUCUCCUCUCGCUCUACCUCCCUCAACUCUGCUUCCAGCAGGAGGGCAUCUAUCUCUGGUCCUUCGGGGACUAGGGUACCGUCUUGCAAGGGGCGAUCAGCGUCUACCUCCUCUCAUGCCCUAAAUAGCACCGUUGCCGGAAUACCCAGUAUAGCAUCUGUCACAAAGGGGCCCUAUCCCGCCCACGCAAGUGUACUAACCAAUCUCUACAGACGGCAGCAUAAGUAUCACUUUGUAAAGAGUAGUACAAUUGGUAGCAAGCGGCGGGCCAAGGCACUUACUGCAUGCAGCCCCCGACGUCUCAGCUUUGUCUCUUCUUCCUCGCCUGCUACGUCCAUCAAGCGACGACUUCGCCACACAAAGAACGAAAGCUCCCUUGAGAAUCUUCUUUGGGCCAUAACUGGAGACAAUAAACUCAUGAAGCAAGAGAUGGCCACUCUGCGAGAGAGGUUCGAAGACGUCACAGCAGCAUUGGAAAGCUUCACCCGUGUGUCAACGGAUCAACACGAAAGCCAGAGCUCGCCGGUUGUUGUACCCUGCUCGAAAUCAAUCCCCAUUAACCGACUACCAGACCUUUCCGUAUCCGCGCCCAUCGACACAGCAAACGAAUUGCAUAGCGGGGAAACAGUGUCUAUAGAUUGCUCCACGAUAAACCCAGUCCUCUCCGCACUACAUAAGCCUGCUAGCAAGACAUGCUCUUCGACCAUCACCGUUAGCGGCCAGCACAGCCUCAUUAUACCCCCACGCCACGCCAGUAGUAAUGGAGACAAAGACAAGUCUUUGACAACUACACUAGGCGGUUCGGUAGAUAUGCUAAUGGAAUGCCCCUUAGAUCUUCAGGUGCCAGCCAAAAAGCAGAACACAGGAGAACCGGUUGAAUCAGCACAUUCUUCGCAACCAAGCUAUUUGCAGCAAAUAUAUUACGCAUCCCACCAGCAGGCGCUUGAGCAGCAGAAUAGUGAGCUUCGCGAAAAGAAUAAGAAGUUGAAAAGCAUGCUCAUAGAGCUUAAACGGUCUUUCAAUCAAGGAAAUAUUUCGGCAAUUAUAGAGGAUAACGAUGUUUUGGUUGCAAAGGUCAAUGACUUGGAGAGAAAGCUCUUUAUCUACGAAGCAUCCGCAGCCCGGGCCCAUCUUGCAACAGAGACAACCGCUCCACAUGCUAGUAUAGAAUGUGCAACACAAACUGAUGCAUAUCUGGGUUAUAAUGAAAAAACUCCAAGGGCUGUUGCGGCUGCAUGUGACCAAAAGGCAAUUCAAACUGAAAUUCAAACUGAGAUCCAGCAAUCUGCCGCACAAUGUACAGCAGCUGCCAACGUCGACAUACAGUCAACCCUUACGGCUCGAGAUCUCGACCUUACGAUGAGCAAGCUUGUAGCUACAGAAGCGACGCUUGCCAAAGUAGAGGCAGAGCUUGCACAGGAACGUGAGCACUGCUUUGCAAUACGGAACCAACUAGUUGACACACGAAAUAACGCCCUAGAUUACCUGCAGGAGACCACUAGAUGUAAAGAGGAGCUGUCCAAGGCUAACGAUGAGCUUAAGGAACUUACAAAGGAAAACUUACGUCUCAACAGAGAGCUACUGUCUAUGGAAACCGCUCUUGAAGCAUUACAAACAGCACCAGCUCCGCCACUGACCGUCUCGUCAGCCACUCAGACGGAACACGACUUCCUGGAAAGAGAGACCGUCGUUAAGGAUGACUUGGCACAAGAUCUUGCAGCAGAAAACGUGUCUCUGAUGGAGCGUCUUCGGCUUUUGAGCGAGGAGCUUCUUGACACCUCGGCAGAAAAGGAGAAGGCAGUUAAUGAGGCGGUCGAACUGCAGAAGAAGUAUGAUACUUUGCAUGCCUAUGCUUACUCUCAGCAUGCAACGUAUACGCAGCUAAGCGACGAGCAGCUUUCCACGGUGUCUAUGCAACAGAAAAUCUUGUCCUUAGAGGAAAAGCAACGAGAGUCAGAGGUAACACUUCAGAAGGCAAACGAAAUACAGCAGGCCCACGUGGCCCUUACUCAAGAGGUUUGGAGGAUGCGAGCUGAGAAUGAAAGGCUUUCAAGAGCCAACACAAAGCUCACAGACGAACUUCGCGACUUCAAACGAAAGACAAGCGAGGCGCUUAAGGAGCAUCUCAAGACAACAGUUAGCCUGGAAGAGCAUCGUCUCCUUGAGGAGGAAGCAGCAUCUCUUAGGGCUGCACUUGAAAAGCUCAAAGAUUCAUCUGAUAAGCAAUUCCAGGCUAUGUACGCUGAGAAGAAGGAUUUAGAAGCCAUCAUUACACAGCUUCGUACACUUAAGACAGAUGAUGAAAACGCACUCGUGUGUAAUGCGCUGAAUCUCGAGAAGCGUCUUCAAUGUUUGGAAUCGGAGCACAAAGCGAGUCUAGAGGAGAAUAAGGCAAUAACGACUCGUGCCGAGGUAGCCGAGCUGCGACUCAGGGAGACAUUAGAGAGCAUGCAGCGAGCUUCUGACGACUGCAGCAGACUGCAAGAAAUGUGUACAGAAUUACAGAAUAGAGGUGCUGAUCAAGCCGCUAUAAUUGCAGGUCAGCAGCAGGAACUUCAAAGCCUCCAGCUGACUCUCCAUGACGAAGUGCUAGGCUUGCAGGCCCGUAUCAAAGAGCUCGAGGAAGAUAACGAGAGACUUGUCAUGCUUGCACACCCUCUGAAGACAGAUCAGUCUAACAAACAGUUGCAGACCUCGCCGUGUGCCGUUCUUGGUGCUCUCGCACCUCGUGGCACAACAUCUAAAGCAGUUGAUGACGCUCAUGUGAAGCUUGUGCUAGAGAAUGCACAUCUGCGCCAGGAGCUCUCGAAGUCAGAGCAGCAAAUCAAGGCUCUCAAGGAUCACUGCAGUGACUCUGAUGGUGCCAACAUUACCCGUGAUCUUGCGCGCUUAAAGCAGAUCAUUGAGGGCAUCCAUGUUCCGCCAGAAUAUAACGGCUCCCCUGGACUGUACGUCACCCGCUUGGAGAGUACAUGCAGAGAGCUUACUAACGACCUAGAGAGGCUGCAACAGAGUUACGAGGACAUGAAAAACCGCCAUCUGCUGACCUGUGCACAGUUGGAGCAGAUGCUAGGCCAUCCAGAGAUCCGAGUUGUCGUCAGGGAUGUCAAUGGAACUUUUCUAAACGGCGUAGAGCAGCAUCGAGAAAUAAGCGAUGCUUAUGAGACAGUUAUUAGCCAAUUAUUCCAAACUAUUAGAGACCUUUCGGGCAGAGAUUCGAGAAUCGUAUCGGGGCUCUCUGUUCAGAACUACAUCGCUGCAACGACCACGGUAGAGAUACUGCAGGCCAAUCUGCGCGCAAAGGAACUUGAAGUACACAAGCUCAAUCGCAUGAUCUCAGACCUAAGAAAGGCUAAUACCGAAAUACUCAUGUUAGCGCCCCCCAACGGAUGA